CUCUCGCUGCUCACCCGGCAUGAGCAGGGAGCGCCACCAGCGGAGAAUAUCCACAUUCAGUGUCUGUGAGGCGGGGAAGACGCGGAGGAAUCACCCGCACAAACUGACAACCAUGGCGAAAGUCACCGUCUCUUUUUUGCUGUUUUGGCUCAUCUGUGGCCCUUGCUGUGCUCUCGGCGGAAAAGUCAACAAGCACAAACCGUGGAUAGAAGCCUCUUACCAUGGUGUGAUCACAGAGAACAUGGACACCGUGCUGCUGGACCCUCCGCUUGUAGCUCUUGACAAGGAUGCUCCGGUCCCAUUUGCAGGGGAAAUUUGUGCCUUUAAGAUUUAUGGUCAGGAGGCUCCAUUCGAGGCAGUGGUGUUGAAUCGCACGUCAGGAGAAGGCGUACUGAGAGCCAGCGGCCCUGUGGACUGUGAGAGCCAGAAGGAAUACACAUUUAUUAUCCAGGCCUAUGACUGUGGAGCUGGACCCAGUGGGGCCGACUGGAAGAAAUCCCACAAGGCUGUGGUUCACAUUCAGGUGGAUGACGUCAAUGAGUUCUGCCCGGUGUUUCGGGAGCCUCUUUAUAAGGCUUCAGUCAUUGAAGGCAAGAUCUAUGACAGCAUUUUGCAGGUGGAGGCUUGGGACCAGGACUGUUCUCCACAGUACAGUCAGAUUUGCAACUAUGAAAUUGUGACAGCAGGCACACCGUUUGCCAUGGACCGCAAUGGUAAUAUCAGAAAUACGGAGCGGCUGAGCUAUGACAAGCAGCAAAGCUACAAGAUUACGGUUACAGCGUUUGACUGCGGCCAGAAGAGAGCAAAGGAGGACGUGGUUGUGCAUAUUGAUGUCAAGCCUGUCUGCAAACCUGGAUGGCAAGGCUGGAACAAGCGGGUGGACUAUGAGCCCGGAACCGGCAGCAAGCCCCUGUUUCCCAAGAUGCACCUGGAAACAUGCAGCGAGCCUUUGUCUGGCAUAAAAGUGAUGGUGGAGCUGCAGACCAGUCACAUUGGGAAGGGGUGCGACCGGGAGACGUACUCUGAAAAGUCCUUGCAAAAACUCUGUGGUGCAGCAUCAGGGAGUACAGACCUCCUGCCCGCCCCGAGCCCAGCCGCAAACUGGACGGCGUCUCUUGUGACCGACAGUGGGCGUGACAGUGACCUGAUCUAUAAAUUUGACGGGCAACAGGCAGCCAACGUUCCCGACCACGUUGUGCCCCAAAACCUGACAGAUCAGUUCACCGUAGCAACAUGGAUGAAACAUGGGCCCAGUCCAGGACUCAGAGCCGAGAAGGAAACUUUGCUCUGUAACUCUGACAAAACCGAAAUGAACCGCCACCAUUAUUCUCUUCACAUUCACAACUGCCGCCUGGUUUUCCUGCUUCGAAGAGAUUUCAGCCAGCUUGAUACUUUCAGACCUGCUGAAUUCCACUGGAAGCUGGAACAGAUUUGUGACAAAGAGUGGCACUAUUAUGUGAUCAAUGUGGAGUUUCCAGCUGUGACUCUCUUUGUGGAUGGAGUGACCUAUGAACCCUACCUGGUGACCGAUGACUGGCCGAUCCACACCUCAAAGAUCGAUACGCAGCUCACAGUCGGCGCCUGUUGGCAAGGUGGUGAGGUAGCGACUCCGCGUUUCACCCAGUAUUUCCAUGGCAGCUUGUCGGGCCUGACAAUCCGCCCGGGCCGCAUUGAAACCCAGAAGGUUAUCUCCUGUUUGCAGGCCUGCAAAGAAGGUCUUGAUAUUAACUCCCUUGAAAGCCUGGCUAAGGACAUCAAGUUCCAUUUUAACCCUGCACAGUCCGUGCUGGUGGUGGAAGGAGAGGAUGUAGACAGUAUCAACACAGCCAUGACAAAGGUGUCCUACAUCAACUCUCGCCAGUUCCCCACGCCAGGCCUUCGACGGCUGCACAUCAGCACCACUGUACUGUGUUACGGGGAGGACGCCUGUCUCUUCAUCCCAGACGUCAAGGCGGUCGUCAUGGUCCAGCCGCCCAGCGAACCGAGAAUCACCAUUACUGGAUCCAAUCGACUCGUCAGGCCUGCCAGUGACCUACGUAGCCGUGUGGGCGUGGCUCCUUUCAAGGAGCUUCAUAUCACCAGCACAGUAAUGAAGGGAGACAGCAUCACUGGAUCCCUUAGGCCAGGCGUGAUGGAGGUGAUGCAUAACUUGGACUAUUGUGAUAUUCUGGUGAUUGGGGAUGAACUGAAUCCAGAGAGAGAGAGCCUUCACAUUCAUCACAGCGCUUUGCUGGGAAAACACCUAGACGCCACCAACUCCACCUCUGGAAUAUCAAUAUAUGGUGUGGACUCCAUGGCCCACUACGAGCAGGCACUGCGUCAAGUGCGCUACAGGAACUGGCGACCUGCCACCUUGACUGAGAGAAGGUUCAGGCUUACCUGCUCUGAACUUAACGGCCGUUACACCAGCAAUGAGUUCAUCUUGGAGGUCAGUGUUCUUCACCACUCAAAGCCUGUGGAGCAUGUCAAUCAUAUGGCUGCUCAGCCACAGUACAUGAGACCCGUUCAUCACCCACUCAUGAUACACGCUCCUAAUUCCCACAUGCCAGGACCAGCCCCUCCAGCAGCCACGGUUGUUAUCGUGGUGUGUAUCGCCGCCCUGGUGGUGAUUGUGGUGAUCGGCGUGUACAGAAUCCACGCUACUCAUCAAGAGGGCUCCAGAGAGGAAGAGGAGGGCGCCAAAGAGCCUGAGGUGGGCUGGGACAAGUCUGCACUGACCAUCACUGUAAACCCCAUGGAGAAUGUGAAAGGAGCGCAUGCACUCGGUGAAGAAGUGAGCGGAGAUCAGUGUGGAGAGGAAGAUGGCGAUGAUGAUGAUGAGGAAGAACAUGUGGGAGGAAUGGCAAGUGCAGAGUCGGAUAACAGUGAUGACGACGAGGAGGAGGAGGAGGAGAAAGAGGGGGAGAUGGAAAUGGCAAAGGAGCGGAAGCUUAAGUGGGACAGUUCGUUCAUAACAUACUGACCACACACACUCUGAUAAAAAAAAAAUAUAUAAAUACCUGCACAUAAACACACUCAAUAUUCAGUCUCUAUGUUUCUACACACUCACACAAAAAGAAGAAAACACCCACUACAUCCCUGACUUCAUUUCCAAGCAAACAUCUCCCCCUGCUGGACAACUGCGGCCCGGCUGCUCCCAUCAUUCGAUCAACAAUCAUGACCCAGCAUGGUGUUACAGUUCAUAGUGCUUCUUUUUCACCCCAUGUUUGAUAUUUGCAAUGCCUGUGAAUAUUCUCAUUCAUCCAGGUCGUUCAUUGUCAGGGCAUUCAAUCCAUCACAACUCGACUCUUCAGGUUGUCUGAGAAGACGUUUCUCCGAGCAGGCUUCAACAGUUCAUGCACAACGACUUGGUAGGAUACACAUCAGUCAGACCAGCACUAGGAUUAGCUGUCCUAUCUAGUCACAAAUGACCCAUACUAGAAUGAAUGCCUUUUUAUGUCAAUUUUGCCAUUUUGGUUAGGAAUAAUCACUUGUAUGAUAUAUAUUAUAUUAGUAUAUUAGUAUUAGUAAUAUAUUUAGGACCACACAAGAAUGAUUUCAUGUUAGAAACAUCUUAAUUUUUCACUUUUUUACAUCUUUGAAAAGGAAAAUGACCCCGUACAACAAUAGAAAAUGUGAGGAUCCAUUGUGUGUUGCAUAAAGGCAAGUUAAAAAUGUGAAUGAUAUGAUAUCAAAAAUGUUUUUUGAGGAAUACCUGGAAUAUGAAAUGAUAACAAUUUUUCAUUACAACGAUAUUUCAAGAAAACAACCUGACCGGGUCAUUUUUGACCCACUUAUGGAAGGUUGGGGUAGUAACACAAAAACUAAAAUUUCUUAAAAUUUAUAAAAGGUAAGUUAAAAAUGUGAAUGGUAUGAUCGCAAAAACAUGUUUUUUGAGGAAUACCUGGAAUAUGAAAUGAUAACAAUUUUUCAUUACAACGAUAUUUCAAGAAAACAACCUGACCGGGUCAUUUUUGACCCACUUAUGGAAGGUUGGGGUAGUAACACAAAAACUAACAUUUCUUAAAAUGUAUAAAAGAUAAAUAAAAAAUGUGAAUGGCAUGAUAUCAAAAACAUGUUUUUGAUGAAUACCUGGAAUAUGAAAUGAUAAAAAAUUUUCAUUACGAAGAUAUUUCAAGAAAACAGCCUGACCGAGUCAUUUUUGACUUUUUGAUUUUUAAGCAUGAACUGAUGAAGCCUGCUCAGAUCAAGUCAACCCCAACAGUCUUGGUUUACUCGGUUGAACGCCCUGAGGAUAUUUGCAGUGAAAUAUAUUUAUUUCAGAUUACUUUUGUAUGCUUUAUUUUUGAAGAUUGAUGUUGAAAGACAAUGAAAUUCUAUGUAAAUGACUCAACAUAUUCUUAAAGAGUGUCCCGUUUUAGUCUGUUUCAUUCAACAUGGCCUAUGAGGACGUAAGGAGAUAACUUAGAGUAGUUGUAACAAAGUUGUGAAAUCAGUGUGUCCUAUUCUUCAUUUUUAGCUGAAACCUUGACACCCUUUGUGUACUUACUCUAUCUCUAAACUUACCCCCCAAAACAACCCUUUGCAUGACGACUGUUA